UUUAACUGCAAUUUGAAAAAGAGAGAAGAUGAAGGGUUUAUAUUUUGUCGCUCUCAUACUUGGGGUCUUAGGAAAACUACAGUCUUCGAAAAUCAAGGUAAUUAAAGGAAACAACCCAGGACCAUGUUUGAAAAACAAAAGUGGAGAGAUAACGUUAGUUCGCGAUCGACAGAACGAACCUAAACUCUUGAUAUGUUUAAAAGUUAACGGUAUUUUUGGAUGGAGAACCAUAGAUGGUUCAAGUUCUCCAGGAGAGUUUUUCAACCCAGUAUACGACUGCUCAACCAUAUUGGAUAAAGAUCCAAAAGCAAAAGAUGGAUUUUAUUGGAUAACACUUGGAGAAAAGAAGCCAAAAAGAAUUUAUUGUGAUAUGACAACUGAUGGUGGUGGGUUCCUGUUGAUUGGUCGAAAAAAUACAUCCAUUACAUGGACAGUACCAUCGAACAGCAAGACAGUGGAACCAUUUGGUGAACCUCAUUGGAUAAGUUCAUUAGGAGAGUCUCCAAUGGUUGAUUUUAGAGUACAAAUGGCCACUGGAGAUGAUUUUAAAGCAACAAAAGCUCAUUGGUUUUACAGAUUUCAAAAUCCACGAAAAUUAUAAAAUCUGAUGAUUUACAACAAAGGAGGCUGUACAAA